GGGCUGGGCAUCAGCAUCAAGGGGGGCAAGGAGAACAAGAUGCCCAUCCUCAUCAGCAAGAUCUUCAAGGGGCUGGCGGCGGACCAGACCCAAGCCCUGUACGUGGGCGACGCCAUCCUGUCGGUGAACGGCGCCGACCUGCGGGACGCCACCCACGACGAGGCGGUGCAGGCGCUGAAGCGCGCGGGCAAGGAGGUGCUGCUGGAAGUGAAGUACAUGAGAGAAGCCACACCCUACGUGAAGAAAGGCUCCCCUGUGUCGGAGAUUGGAUGGGAAACGCCUCCGCCCGAAUCCCCGCGGCUAGGGAGUGGCUCCUCGGACCCUCUGGCAUCGUCCUCGCAGCCCUUCUCCUUCCACAGAGACCGGAAGAGCAUCCCCCUCAGGAUGUGCUACGUCACUCGGAGUAUGGCCCUGGCCGACCCAGAGAACAGGCAGCUUGAAAUCCACUCUCCAGAUGCUAAGCACACGGUGAUCCUAAGGGGCAAGGACUCAGCCACUGCCCAGGCCUGGUUCAGUGCCAUCCACUCCAACGUCAGUGACCUGCUGACCCGAGUGAUUGCCGAGGUCAGAGAGCAGCUGGGGAAAACAGGCAUUGCUGGCAGCCGAGAGAUCAGGCACCUUGGCUGGCUUGCAGAAAAGGUGCCCGGGGAGAAUGAGAAACAGUGGAAGCCAGCCCUGGUGGUGCUGACUGACAAGGACCUUUUAAUCUACGACAGCAUGCCCCGGAGGAAGGACGCCUGGAUGAGCCCGGUCCACAUGCACCCUCUUCUUUCCACCAGGCUGGUCCAUUCAGGUCCAGGGAAAGGAUCUCCCCAGGCUGGUGUGGAUCUGUCCUUUGCAACACGAACGGGUACCAGGCAGGGGAUUGAAACGCAUCUCUUCAGGGCUGAAAUCAGCAGGGACCUCUCCCACUGGACCAGGAGCAUAGUACAGGGCUGCCACAACUCAGCUGAACUCAUUACCGAAGUCACCACAGCUUGCACUUACAGAAACCAGGAGUGCCGUCUGACCAUACAUUAUGACAACGGAUUUUCUAUUACCACUGAACCACAGGAGGGUGCCUUUCCCAAGACAAUCAUACAGGCCCCAUAUGAAAAGUUGAAAAUGUCUUCAGAUGAUGGAAUCAGGAUGCUGUAUUUAGAUUUUGGAGGCAAAGAUGGAGAGAUUCAACUGGACCUUCAUUCCUGCCCCAAGCCAAUUGUUUUCAUCAUUCAUUCCUUCCUGUCAGCUAAAAUCACAAGACUGGGCCUGAUGGCCUGAACAGAGGGGCGACUUGCCUUUGAGGGAAGGAGGGCUGCGAUGCCACCAGCAAGUGUGCCAUCGAUGUCGCAUGCCACAGCCGGCUUUAGAUCCCGGGAGCCCUGCGUAACUGUCCCAGACUCCUCUUGUCCAUUUCACCAACGACAAGGAGGAAUCCUAAGAAAACACCACAGGGAGCAUCAGAAUCAAACUGUCUUUUUAGAGCAGUAAACGGGUAAAGAGGAGAGGGCGGUUGGAAAUACUCGGCGUAGCUUUUGACAAUCAAGGACGUUCCAGUAGAACAGCAUGUGCAGAUCUUAAUCACACCAGUUUCUAGGCAACUGGUUUACCCAGGUAAGCAAGGGCUGAAUAGUAAGAUGAGAAAUGGACAUUUUCCUCUCUCCUGUCCAUUAGUGACCCCAUGUUUAUUGUGAUUUAUCUCCUACUUCUGAGUUGACUUUCCAUGGAAAGGAGAGAGAAGUACUUUAAAUGGAAACCCACCUUUUAAGUGUGAAGCACCUCUUACUUUUUCUUGGUGAAUUAUCUUUCGAUGAUGUAGAAAGAUGCUAAAGUGUUCCAUUAGCAUAUGCUGAGCAGGAAUUGAAGCCCCAGACACUGAUCUUAGUGGUGAGCUGGUGGAAGCUGAGCCAGCGGAGACUGAAAGAUGCUUAAUUCUGGGCUGCACUCACACCAAGGUCUGCCAUUGUAGAGCCAAGACUGGUGGCGUUAUUUAUAGAAAGCAAAUUAUGGAUACUUUUUUUAAUGAUUGCCAUUUGAUAUAUACAUAUCUAUACAAGUCAUGUGGGGUUAACUAAUUAUCAUCAUUCUGUGGUUUUCAGUGGAAGCACUGAGCAAUUUAUUGACCCUUGUUCCUGCCUGUGCUUGUAUGCAUGUAUUUUUGAACCAGUAAUAGAGCAGCCUCAUAUCAUUCUGGAUGAUACUGGGUUUCACAUAUAGACCCAAUGUUAUAAUCAAAUCUAUUGGUAGCGUCCACAGCUCUUUCGGAAUUCCAGGGAAAUAAUAUAAUGACCUGAUAUUUUUCUACAAGAAUAUUUUCAGACACCACAUAGCAUAUUACUGAUCAAAUGCUUUUAUCUUUCAAAACAAAUUAAUUAAAAAGACACCUUAUACUUGAUUUAGGAGCCACUUUCCUCAAACCCUGAAAAUAAGCUCUAGAAUUUCUACAAGCAUUUGUAACCUUUUUUCCCCAAACAGUUUACAUAGACAAAUAGUCUGGGUUAGAUAUGUGUGUGUUUUUUUUCAAAGUUGUAUUUGGCAAAUACCUAUCCUAUGCAAAGAGCUUUAAAAAGUGGAAACUGUUAAAGGAAUGUGCUUUGCUCCCUCAGACAUAAGUGUUUAUUCAAUUGCAAAAUUUUAUUUUAGAUCAGCGCCUCCCCAAUAUGUAUCGUGUCACACUAGUUCCAAGGGGCAUUGAGUGGUGUUCUGUGGGGGUGCACUAAGAGGUUGGGAAUAAAAAAUGCUUGUUAAAUAUGGAGUUAAGAAAAGUUAAACAGAUUGCAGGCCUCCUUGGAGACUUCAAUUUACAUUGCAGUUCUCCAAGGGGGAUCCAUGUGCCAUUCCCUACAUUUGCCUACAGAACUCCUUUCUAACAGAGCAUCCUGGGAAGUUUGUGUUACAAAAACAACAACAACAAAAACAAAACAAAACACAGGACAUCCUGGGUAGCUCUUGUUAAAAGGAAAAAACAAACAAACAAAAAAACUGUGGAAAAUACAGUUUUAGAACCUAGAUGGUAUUUUUUUUUUUUUUUUUGGUUUCUUAUUUUAAAAUGCUGAAGAGUGUCAAGUCCCAGGCUAACUAUUGUAAGAAAAGCUUUGAUGCAUUUGUAAAUUAUACUGCACUCUUUCAUUAUAUAUUUUCAGAAUCACUGGAAUGUUGUUAUACAAGAGAAUUAUACUUGUGAUUGUAAAUAACGUGUUAAAUUACAUAUAUUAAUGCCAAUAGUUUAAUUCAACAAUAUGUAAUCUAAGGUGCUCAGUAGUAUAUGAAGUAUGAGUUACUCAUAAUUAAGUUGCAAAGAUCCUAUUAUAUAUUUAUAGACAAAGUAAAAUGAUCACAAUUACAAAUAUGAUUUCUUCAUCACAAGUUUUGGACUGAUUAAUAUCUGGGUGGGGAAUCAACAGAAACUACAUUCUCUGCAUUUAUAAAAACUUAAUAUAUUUAUAUUUUAGAAAAAAUAUAUUUGAAUAAAAUUAAUGCAUUUUCUGAAUUAAAAUGUAUUAUGAGCAAGAAAUAGACAAUUUUACUAAGAGACUUGUAUAUAUGAAUCAUUUUAUUUUCUUCCAAGUUAGUGUAUCAUAUCAGAGUGGCUAUGAUGAAUCAAUUCCAAACACUCAUUUUUUUCUCAUUCUGAAUUCAAAUUACGACUUUAUAGUGUAGAUCAUAAUCUUGUCUUGAUGUGUGUUAUGAGUGUUGUGAAUGACAAACUCAUACAUCUGGAUCAUGCCUGGUAUAAUCAAAUCAAUCAACUGAGUCAUUUUGAUGAAUUUGUCUCUGCCCGACUUGCUCUGUGCUCAGUCUGUUUCUUAUGUGAACCAAUGAAUUAUUAAAUUUGCAAUGUUUGUCCCUUUAAGGGCAAACCAGCAGGAAAGAGGGAUGUUUAACUGUACUUAGUGGGAAGCUACCCAUUUGUUAGAGAUGUGUUUAGGUGACAUACCUUUAAACCAUCCCAGAGGCAUUUAAAGGCCAGCAGGAAAAAAUAUUUAUUUUAAGACUUGAACUAAGUAGGAGAAACAAAACCAUACACCUAUUAAAAAAUACCCAAGCAGAGGCCAAUUAAUUCUAUCAGUUGAUGGAAUUAAAAGGCUGAAAAAUGCAUGCUCCUUUGUUUAAAAACUUAUUGACCCUUCUUGGUUGAAUUCAGAAGGAAUGAUCAUAAUGGUCAGAAGCACUCUCCCAAAAUUAAUGUGCAGAGCCUCUCUGGCCAUUGUUUUACAAAUAUCAGAUAUUCCAUCUUCAGGGGAUUGGAGUGGGGUGGCAUAAGGGAGUAGUUUUGAAUGUACCCUGAGUUUUAAAAAAUGUGCCUAUGUUUAUAACAAUGGAUAUCAUGUAAAAUUUAUGUAUGAGUUAAAUAAAUAUUCACCUCUGAAUAUGGUGGACUGGCUGGUGGUCUCAUGAUAGCCACAGAGGGAUAUGGUCUUGUGUAAACACAGCUUAUUCUCUUCCUAACACUGGUCUUUAGAAGGUGCUGAUGGAUAAAGGGGAUGCCAAUAGCAAUGGGCUUCUGAUUUUGUUUUUUGAGUUGUGUAUAGUUUCAGGAUGGGUCUUCACCUGAACUUAAGUUUUCAUGGAAUUCCCCCAAGCUCCUAAUACUUGAAAUCUGUAAUGCUAGAACUUGGUUUGUGUUUAAAUUGCUUGUAAUAAAUGUAACAGGCUGGG